AUGCCGCGACCGUCGCGCGAAUCGUACGGUGACCAAAAGCCGCCGUAUUCGUACAUCUCGCUCACGGCCCUCGCGAUCUGGAGCUCGCCAGAGCGCAUGCUGCCCCUGUCAGAGAUAUACCGCUUCAUCACGGACCGCUUCCCGUAUUACCGGCGCAACACGCAGCGCUGGCAGAACUCGCUGCGGCACAACCUCUCCUUCAACGACUGCUUCGUGAAGGUGCCGCGGCGGCCCGACCGCCCGGGCAAGGGCGCCUACUGGACCCUGCACCCGCAGGCCUUCGACAUGUUCGAGAAUGGCUCGCUGUUGCGCCGCAGGAAGCGCUUCAAGCUGCAGAAGGGCGAGAAGGACAAUUUGAAUGCUGAGCUGGCGGCGCUGGCGAGUUUCAACAGGGCGUUCCUAGCGCGCCAAGCGGGUGCACCGCCGCCGCCGCCGCUGCCGACCGGCGGCCUCUACUCGCCUUCCAUGUGCCCGCACGUAAGCCCAAAGCCCGCGGAGCUGCCUGAGGUGUCGACUAUGACCAUGCUACCAAGGGAGAGGCCGCGCAGAGCGUUCACGAUCGACGCGUUGCUGGAGCCAGAGCCGCCGCGAUCCCCCCCAUCGCCGACGAUGCCCCAUCUCGGCCUCGCCAUGCCUUCUCCUUACAUGCUGGCUGCGCAGCGGUACCACGCCGAGCUCCUUCAGGCUGCGGCCCAAGUCCGUCUCUGUUACCUACCUCCUCCGCCGAUGCCGGUUGCG